AUGAAGGGCUUUGGAAACGCCGUACGGGCUGCGCCCCGGAUUCCGACUUCCCUCACCCGGUGCCGACUCAGCAACACGGCACACGGAGCGGCAACGAUACCCGCGCUCAGGCCAAGGCAGCAGCGCGGCAACGUCCGAUAUGCCUCCGACACUGCCAACACACGUCUCAAGAAGACGCCCUUGUACGACCUGCACAUUGCCCAGGGAGGCAAGAUGGUGCCCUUUGCUGGCCACAGCAUGCCUGUCCAGUACGCCAACGCCUCGCUAGCCGAGUCUCACCACUUUACUCGCAGCCAUGCGUCGCUCUUUGACGUCAGCCACAUGGUCCAGCACGUAUUCAAGGGCCCCAAUGCUGCCGCUUUUCUUGAGAAGUUGACGCCCUCUGGAUGGAGCAACCAGGGUAUGAUGCAAAGCAAGCUGACCACGUUCCUGUGGCCCGGGACCGGUGGCAUCGUCGACGACUCUGUCGUCACGCGGAUAGGCGAGGACGAGUUCUACGUGGUAACUAAUGGCGCAUGCCUCGAAAAGGACUGCAAGUACCUGGACGAGGAGCUGGGCAAGUUUGGUGCCGGUGUUGAGUGGACCAGGCUGGACGGCUCCGGCCUCGUUGCUCUCCAGGGUCCGCAGGCCGCCGAGAUUCUCCAAGAAGCCCUGGCAAGCAAGGUCAAUCUGGAUAAGCUGUAUUUUGGCAACGCGAUUUAUGCCGACCUCAAGCUGGCCGAUGGCAGCAAGACGCAUCCCGUCUUGAUUAGCCGCGGGGGCUACACCGGCGAGGAUGGGUUCGAAAUCUCCUUCAACGGUAAGCUGUAUCCCGUCCUGGAGACGACGGGCCCUGCCGUCGAGUCUCUGCUCAGGAUGGCUGGACCUGAGCGCCUGCAGCUCGCUGGCCUGGGUGCUCGCGACUCCCUCCGUCUGGAGGCGGGCAUGUGUCUGUAUGGCAACGACCUCGAUGACACCACAACCCCCGUCGAGGCCGGUCUCGCCUGGGUCAUUCCCAAGGACCGCCGCGCCACUGGCGGCUUCCACGGCGCCGAGGUGAUCAUCCCUCAAUUGACCCCCAAGAGCAAGGGUGGUGCCGGCGUUGAGCGUCGACGUGUCGGUUUCGUCGUCCAAGGCGCCCCCGCUCGUGACGGCGCCGAGGUUCAGAGAGGCGGCGAGACUGUUGGCAACAUCACCAGCGGCGUUCCUAGCCCUACUUUGGGUCAGAAUAUUGCCAUGGGCUACGUCAAGGAUGGUCUGCACAAGGCAGGCACUGAGCUGGACGUUGUGGUCCGUGGACGCAAGCGAAAGGGCAUCGUCACCAAGAUGCCCUUUGUGCCCACACGCUACCACAAGGCCGAGUAG